UAAAUAAACCUUAUUGGUCAAGAAUAAAAACCAAUAACCAAUCAUAACAGCCGCCUGCUUCGCUCACUUCCGGUUCGUCAGUAAAGUUUAGUUAGCGUUGUAACCCGAUGUUGGUAUGGGUGCUGUUACAGAUGAUGAAGUGAUCCGGAAGCGUCUUCUUAUCGACGGGGAUGGAGCCGGAGAUGACCGCCGCAUUAACGUGCUGUUAAAGAGCUUCACCAAAUGGUGCAGCUCGCCAGGGCCUUCGGAGGAAGGCUUUACACAGAAGAUGCUGAGCACUCUGGCUCAGUGUGAGUUCUCUAUGGGAAAGACGUUGAUGGUUUAUGAUAUGAAUCUUCGCGAAAUGGAGAACUAUGAAAAAAUCUACAAAAACAUAGAACAAAACAUUACUUCUGCACAUGAAAAGAUCACAGAAUGCAAGAAGGAAAUCCAAAGGGCGAAGAGGAUACGUAAAAAUCGUCAAGAGUAUGACGCUUUAGCCAAAGUUAUCCAGCUACACCCAGACCGACAUGAAACACUAAAACAGUUGGAGGCGCUUGAUAAGGAACUGCAGCAGUUGUCUAACACCAAGGACAAUGUAGAUGCCAAGUUGGAGUUGAGGAAGAAACAGUUUCAUGUGCUCCUCAGUACCAUACAGGAACUACAGCAGACACUUGAUAAUGAUGAAAAAUCAGAUGAUGACAACAAUCAGUGCAGUCCAGCAGGCAACAGCGAGUGAACACAGUGGAUCAGAGUGAACUUCUUUAAAAUUGUUUUUGUUUUGUUUUUUCCUGCAAUGAUUUUUCUGUUUUGUAAAAAUAAAUGUUUUACAAGUUCAUCUGGAUUCACUUCAUUUCUUCACAAGAAAGUGUACUUUUUGCUACUCUCUUGAUGUCAUUUAUUUAUUUUAAAGCAUUUUCUUAUUGCAUUUUAACUACAUUUAAAUUCAGCACAGCUUUCUUGCCAGUACCAUUCACAGAGUAAUGGUUAAAAUUCACAUUCUCUGACAGAAAAACGUGUAAAAAAUUUGGUUUUUUUUAUUAAAAGUUGAGUUGUACAUAAUUCUCUUGACAUUUUUCUAUAUAAACAAUUCCAUCUUCCUUCUAAUUCUACAAUAUAUUUCCAGAUUUGAAUUGAUUGGAAGCCAUAAUAAAAACAUUCAGACAAGAAGUUUUGUCUUAUUUGAAUAGUUUAGUACUCAAUUAUAUACCAAGGUGUAUUGUAACAUUGCACUAGACCCUAAACUUACACCUGAAUGGAAAAUUAUAGGGUCUAGUUAGAUUGGACAGCAUGGUCCUGAAAACUAGUCAAAACUUAGUAAGAAAGUAGGACCAAACCUUUGAACGGCUUGUCUUAUUUGAAAAUUUCAGAAAUAUCAUUUUUUUAAAAUACAACAUAGAUUCACUUUCUGUGUUCACAUCAAGCAGCAGCACAGAAACCGUCAUCGUUAGAACAAAAGACACUCACCUCUUUGAGUGUAUCAUCCUUUACCUUCCCGUAUUUUGCACAAAUGUCUUUAACAUAAGAUGCACAAAGUGUGGCCACAAGACUGUCCAAAGUCAACCUUUGCUUCUGGUCAUCAGCAUGACUUUACUUGAUUUGUAAUUUUAAUCUCCUGCUCUAUCAUGUCUGUGCAUCCUUGUGGUUUCCACUGAAAAUAUGUGAAAGAAGCAAAAGGGGGGAAAAACUGUACAGUCACUGAUCACAGCUGAAUGACAACCAAAAAUCCAACACCUCUGAACAUGCAAAAAAAAAA